AGAAUGUUUUCAAAGAUAUUACUCUCUAAAGUGAGUUAAAAAAGAAAAUGUGAAAUUGAAUAAUAUCUUCUUUGCUUAUCAUCACGCAAACCCAAAACGGAAAUGCUCCUCUGUUACUCUCUUCAUCUCCCAAUACUAUCUUCUUAUUCACACAAAUCAAUCAGCGCUCCGAACACCGGCGGUUACAUAAAGUUCCAAACCAGGUACCGCGAAAACCUCCGAUACCUUCGAACGUUGACCAUAAUCGACCCCAAAACCAAACCGGAGGAUCUCCCUCUCCCCAACGAUGUCGACCACAUCCUCCGCACUCUCACGUUCCUCAAGUCACGUUCCUUCUCCGACGCCGACAUCCCCCGCCUCCACUACCUCACCCCUCAGCUCUUCUCCACCGCCGUUGUCCCCUCCGACGUCGCCGCGGUGUUCUCCUUCCUGGCCGACGAACUUCCAGCCACCGCGUCGGAGUCUCGCUAUCUCAUCCUCCGAUGCCCCAAGCUGCUCUUCUCCCAUGUCGACCUCUGUCUCCGACCCACGCUCCAAUUUCUCCGCCAGAUUGGCAUCCAGGGGCUGAACAAGCCCACGACGCGGAACGCGCACUUACUGAACACGCGGGUGGAUAAGCUGCAUGCGAAGGUUGAGUUCUUGCAGGAAUUAGGGUUUGAGUACGAGGAUGCAGUGAAAGCAUGUGCGAGGGUGCCGGCCAUUUUUGGAUAUGACGCAGGGAACAAUUUAUGGCCAAAGUAUGUGUAUCUUGUGAAGGAAAUGGAGAGGGAUUUGGAAGAGUUGAAGAAGUUUCCUCAGUACUUUGGGUUCAGUUUGAAGGAGAGGAUUGUGCCAAGGCACUUGCAUUUGAAGGAAAGGGGUGUUAGGAUUCCCUUGAACAGAAUGUUGAUGUGGGGUGAUGAAAAGUUUUACAAGAACUGGAAGUGAUACUGUUCUAUUUCCUCGUACAUAAAUCAUCCACCACAUCUUUUUUUAAUGUUCUUGAAUCUUCUAAAAUCUUAUACUGUCCAACAACCCUUAG